CUGUAGCUGUAAUAGAAAAAAUGUGACAGUGUUUAUUUUAAUAAGCGCAAUUUUUAAAAACAUUGCAUAAAAUUGCAAUUUAUAAAGUUAUUGAAUAAUGUAAGUCUCUAAAAAAUCUAAAGGGAUAAAACUGUAUGAACUUCGGUACAUAUAUGUUUAGAGUAAUCCACAUAAAAUCUUAUAAAAUUGUGCAGAAAAUGACAAAAUCUUGAGAGGUUAAAACUUUUCAUUAGCACAAUUCAUUACAUUUUAACCGCUUUUGAAAGAAACAUUCGUAUAAAAUGGAAUAAAAACUAUUUCCUGUUUAUCGACCUAGAUUUAACUUUUUUUUAUUCAGUAUGAAGUCUAUUUUUCACCGCGGAAUAAACAUAUUAUUCAAAAAGAAUCUACUAUUAACAAACAGUAUUACUUCUGGGGCGUUUAUGGGUAUUGGAGAUAUUAUACAACAGGAAAUUGAAUACCAAUCAAAGGUUCUCCCAAAACGUUAUGACUGGCCAAGAACAGCAAGAAUGUUCAUUGUUGGAACAAUAAUGGGACCUAUGCACCACUAUUAUUAUAUUUAUUUGGACAAAGUGCUACCAUAUGCUGAUGUUAAGACAGUUGUAAAAAAAAUAGCAUGUGACCAGUUAUUUGCUUCUCCAGCAACACUUCUAUGCUUCUUUUAUGGAAUGGGUACAUUAGAAAAGAAAACUUUAGAGCAGAGUACAUUAGAAGUAAAACAAAAAUUCAUUUAUGUUUACAUGGGUGACUGUUUAUUUUGGCCGCCAGUGCAAUUCCUAAACUUUUAUUAUUUACCAACACACUACAGGGUUUUCUACAUAAACAUGGCGACAAUGCUAUUUAACAUAUUUUUAUCCUUUAUUAAGCAUUAUGAUCAAAAAAAAGUGUAAAUAAAUGUUAUUUAUUUAACAU